AUGUUCUCUAAGCUCUUCAUUGCCUCCGCCGCUCUCUUCGCCGUCCUCGCCAACGCGAGCCCCGUCCCCGACGAGGUCGGUCCUGCCGGCCAGUGCAACACAGGCUCAGUCAAGUGCUGCGACACCGUCGGGCCCGCCAAAUCGGUGCUGCCCCAGCAGCAGCUCGACGGCCUGCUCGGCGUCGUGAUCCAGGACCUCAACGUCAUCGUCGGUGUUAGCUGCAUCCCGAUCAGCGUAAUCGGCGUCGGGGCUGGUAACACCUGCUCCGCCAAGCCGGUGUGCUGCGAGAGCACCGCUGACAACGGUCUCAUCAACAUUGGCUGCCUCCCCAUCACCCUCUAA